AUCCUCUACACCCUGUAGGCAGGUCUAGGCUUCUCAGAGUAGACACACCCCUGUUGGCCUGUGUUUGAUCAGACAGUUGCACUUCCCUAACCACAGCACCUUUGAAACUACAGCAGCGAGACCUCUAAAGGAGUUAGCUGAAAAAAAGACGAAAAUGCCGACUGAUAUGGAAGAAGCCAUGCAGAAACUCUUGAUUGGUUUCCAUACAUAUGCUGGUGAGAAAGGUUUCAUGACCAGAGAAGAAUGCAAACGUGCGAUAACAGUACAUUUUGCUGACCUUGCAAAGAAUUGCUCGGGGGCAAUGGAUAACUUAGUGACUCAACUGGAUGUAAAUGGAGAUAAUAAAAUAAGUCUGUCAGAAUUCUUGUGCUUAUGUGGUGGCCUGACAGAAGCCUGCCUUAAUGAAGAAUGGAAAUGCAAACAGAUGCCAGCAGUACCCCCGCAACCUGCUACAGACGUGAAGGGCAAAAAAGGAAAAAAGUAAUCCCGGAGUUCAGCUACAAAAACGUUACGCCAAGUUUGUUGAAGACUCUUUGUUUUUAUUUGAGUUAAAAUUCAAUAAAAGUGUUAACAGAA